CCGAUCUAUUGCCUAAGGUAUCGGCAUAUAAUAUAUGCUAGCCCGCUUCGUCCGUUACAACGACUCUGCGAGAUCUUAAUUGUCUAUCUUCCGGUAGACCUAGAUGAUGCUACAGUAUUGUCUUUAGAACAACUCCGAGGACCGCCGCGUUGCCAGCGUUUGGUCUACUUUCUCGGAUUUAAGAACGAAGAGGAUGAACGGUACUAUAAAGAGGAGAUAAGAUAG